AUUAAACAUUUGAUAUAAUAAUAAGUCGGCCGUAUAAAACACAAAGGUCAUUCUUUCCUUUUAGCUCACAUUUGACCAAAACACCUCAGACAUCAUCGUUGACUUUUUCAAACUUGUGUUCCUCUCUCUUUCCUUUCUUCCACAUCUCAUAAUACACAACAAAACAGAGUUCCUCUGUUCUUAUCUUCAUUUUUUGCUGUGAAUCUUAUCGAUGGAGAGUAAACACCAAACUUCAACUUCGAAACCGAAGAACAAGCUCUUGAAGAUGCUUCCCAAAGCUAUGUCGUUCGGACAUCGUGUCCCACCGUUUAGUCCCGGAGGAGAUCUCCACCACCACCACCACCACAACAACACGUCGUCUUCGAACAAAGCGUAUUUCUCCGGUCCUAUGGUCCCUUUGGUUCCUAAAGCAGCUCGUGUCCGGAGAAACAAAAGCGACGCCGUUUGGGACGAACCCACUUCACCUAAAGUCUCUUGCAUCGGACAGAUAAAACGCGUCAAGUCAAAACGCUCCUCCUCACCUAAGAAAAACAGAAACAUGAUUCCCAAGAUCCCUAAAACGUCGUCGUCUUCAACCAAAGAAGAUCAAAAAGGUCGUGUUUCGAUGAUCAAGCGUCUCUUCUCUUUCUCCUCCUCGGCGUCUGAAGGUAAAGCAUCAAGAAAAUCUCACACCACCACCGCCGUGAAUGAGCAUCCGGUCACGGUGGUCUCCUCCGCGGCGGUGCCGUCGUUAGGACAGAUGAAGAAGUUUGCGAGCAGCCGUGAAGGUUUAGGAGGGUUUGAUUGGGCGGUUGAGAUGAAACGUGAGGAAGAAUCUCCUGCUGAUCGUGGUUACUAUUCAGAUGAUGAGAGGAGAGGAGGUUUCUUGAGAGACGAUGACGAUGAAGAAGAAGAUGAUGAUAUAAUAAUACCGUUCUCAGCUCCGUUGAGUUUGAAACCGAAGACAGAAGUUAACUUGUGGAAGAGACGAACCAUGGAUCCACCUAAACCACUUCAUCUUCAAACCUCUUGAUUAAAAUUUCCGUUCUUUUUUUUUUUUACUUUAAUUUUCUCGUUUGUUUACAUAAAGUUUUAUAAGAUUAAAUCAUAUAAUGAUAAUUGAUGUAGCGUAACAUCCUCAACACACGACACCAUAAUAUGUUUUCCCUUUUAGUUUAGGUUUUCUUAUAUUUUCCCUUUUACUUUUGAAACUAGGAUCUUCUUUCUCUUAUAAAAAGAAGAUCACGUUCUUGUAAUUAGACACCUUUGAUUUGAUUAUAAUUUUAUACAGAGCUUUACAGCACUUAGAGG